AAAGACUUAUUGACAGUCAACGGGAAAAUCCAGGUUAAUACACGGACAUGUUCAACUAGCUGGAUGUAGACAAAGUCUAUUUUAUACUGUCGUGGGUCAACUCGGAGCUUGUAUGAAGAGUCAUCUUUGCUCGGAAUAUCUGCUUUCAGGCCGCUGUCCGAUAUUCGUGGACGGCCCCCGCUGAAAGUGAAUGGGUGUCAAAUCAAGUGCCAGGGAGUCAAGUUUUGGAACGCAUCUGACUCGACUACUACCUGAAGCUCCUGAGGGUUGAUCGGCGCUGGCUCGUUCCCGAUAUCGUAUAAGUGUAGAGAUACUUAUCAUUCGAUCAAGGGUCAUUUGAACAUGUGGAAGGUUUAAGUGGACCCGAAACAGCACGGAACACGAAAAAAGCAUCUCUGGCUCAGAAAUGGCGCGGUUGUCUUUAUCUUUCAAAGGACAGAACCUUAGGCACUCGACCCUCAUUCGCAACGCGACCCCCUGGACAAAAGCAAAAAGCAUCGCUCCUGAAAUUCUUCAUCGUUUCCCGGGUCGCACGAUGGCACGAUGGUGUACUCAUACUCAAUAUCAGCCGGAUCUUAUCAGAUAAGGAUCUUGUAAUCUGUCCUGGUCUAUGGCAGAAGGAGAGAGGUAUUCACCACCGGGGACGAGCUGUCCAUUGAAAAGUGUAUGCAGAUGUAUGGAGCGAAGUAACGGGAUUAUGCGAUUUCUAGCAAAGUACCCUUUGGUCCUAUACAGUUGACCACUGUCCACUAGUGACUAGUGAAUCUUCACAAAUCCUCUUUUUCUCCAGCUCCUCUACUCUCUGCAAACCUUCGACCAUGAGCUCGACCACGCCACAGGUCAACAGCCAGGAAAUCUGGACUCGCGAGGAUGAUUACCAAAAUUCCUUCCUCAUUCCUCAAGACGAUGCGCUCGAUUUCGCCACGGAGAACAGCUCCAAGAAUGAAUUGCCCCAGAUUGCGGUCAGCCCUGCUCAAGGAAAGUUUCUGUACCUGAUCGCAAAGUCUAUCGGUGCAAAAAGGGUGUUGGAAGUGGGCACUCUCGGAGGGUAUUCCGCCAUCUGGCUAUCUCGCGCCCUCCCUCCUGAUGGAGAUUUAGUCACUCUCGAAUCAGAGGAGAAACAUGCCAUGGUCGCGCGCCAGAACCUUGAUAACGCGGGCGCAGACAUAUCUGCACGCGUCAAGAUCAUUUUGGGAUCUGCAACCGAUUCUCUUGUUCAGCUCAAAUGCGUACCUCGACCUUUUGAUCUGGCGUUCAUCGACGCGGACAAGAGUGGUUUUCUGACUUAUUACACGGAAGCGAAAAGGCUUGUUAGGUCUGGUGGUGUGAUUUUGAUUGAUAACAUGGUUCGUCGAGGCGGACCUUCCGACCCUACAAACACAGAGCCGGCCAAUGUGAAAAUCAGGGAGCUUCUGCAGCUCAUUAAAGACGACAAAGAAGUGGAGGCCACAACGAUUUCGACUGUUGGCGUUAAAGGAUAUGAUGGAUUCACCUAUAUCCUCCGCAAGUAA